GCGCAGUAACACCGAGCCUCUCCGGAGUUUCGUUUUCAUGUGGAGAAUGAAGGUAAUGUAAAGGACUCGGCGCAGUGCGGUCAGUGUUUGUGGCACCUCUUAGAUGGACACCACUGUAUCUGACCGCUGCAUGGCUGCCACACCCGACAAAACCCUGCGGCGCCAGCUCGGCACCCUCUCGAAGUGCAUGUCCGCCAGUUUGGUGGGGAGAAUAUCGACGUGUUUAUGCCGGUCACGUAUCCUCACCGAGUAUGAGGUCCAGCUGAUCCAGACUCAGGGCACGGACACCCAGAAAGCCUCUCAGCUGCUGCUCACGGUCCUCCGCAAAGGGUCCAGAGCCUGUCAGCUUUUCUUCAAAUGUCUGGCCGUGUGUAGCCCCUCGCUGUUCGAGACGGUCACUGGCUGCACAGUGAGGGCAGCGGACGUAGACCACUAUCAUUUUGAAGAUGACAACUGUUCAGAGACAAAUGGAGCAGUUCCACCAUAUAUCAUAAAUAUACACAAUUCCUCAUUAACCAACUGCAUCAUCGGAAACAACAAUGACUUGUGCUGUCUCCUCUCUCGGACUGAUGUUACUAAUGAUAAGUUGGAAGACAUGCAGAGGCCUGACCAGCAAAUGGUAGCGCAGGACCCCACGGAGGCUCCCAGCAUCCAGGUGCAAAGCUCACAUGUAGAGUACGUCAUCAUAGGGGACAACAACUACAUGAGCAUUGGGAGCAACGAGGAGUCAGGAGAGCAAGAACAAAGAGAGAGCGAGCUUGAAGAUUCUGAAGGGUGAAAUGGAUUAAAUAUUGAGGAUGGACUGUAAUGAGUUGUUAUCCACCAUUUCUCUAAAUGAGAACGGUGUCUCUGUAGUAGAGAAUGGAUCACGGUCACAGGGAGAGAGAGAGAGAGAGAGAGAGAGAACCGCAUUGCUUAGGAUGUCACCAUAUACACAAGAAAGUGACGCCGCUGACAUAACAUAAUGCCAAAUUUGGGCUGUUUGAUCCGUUAUUUUACUGGGACGGAUGUAGUUAUUCUAAUGUAUAUAUACCUGAACUAAACUCACAUAGCUUACUUUGGGAUCUGGUAAUGGCAUGUGUGGUUUGGAAGUAAACAAAUAAUGAUGCAUUAUUGAUUAUGAUGUAAUUUUUAAAUAGGAUUUUGACAGAGCUGGAAUUGUGGUGAAUGCAGUCACAAAUGAUCUGUAUAUGAAGUAAAAAGCAUCUGAAACUAUUCUAAACCAGUCCUAUGUAACUCUGCAUUCACACCGGCAGCAACGCGAUGCGACAAAGUGGCCGGACGUCAUUCAUUUUCAAUGGGAGCUGUCGAUUUCCGGCGAACCGUUCCGCGAACGUUGGCGACGCGAAGUGGGUGGAGUGAGCGAUGCGACAAACAGUGUGUCCCAAUUUAGGGACUGGAUCCUUCGAAGGACGCAGUCUGCGAGGAGGUGUCCUUCGAAGGCUGCUUAGACCCGCGAAGGCUGAACCGAAAAGAGACGGUCUGCAUUACAGCAGAUUUUCUGUUUGUGUCACAGCCCCGCUGUUCCUGCCCUCACCGCUGCGCCACGAGACGCUGCUCUUAUCAAGUUCUUUUAACGUUCUUUAGCGAUGGAGCCAGAAACUUUGAUUUUAGUUGUUUAUUUUUUCAUUUAUUAGAGCUGGAGAUGCUUCACCACCGGCUACUGAUGAGAUUGUUUUGUAUUUUGUUGUUUUUGUUUUUUUGUUUUUUUUUACUUUUAAAUGAACUUUUAAAUUUGUAUCGUUAGCUAUUCGCCUCAGUUGAAACCCAAUACUUACAUUUAUAUAUUUUUAGCAUUUAUUUAAAAGUGUACUUCUCAGUUCGCCUUAGCUCAGACAGCUAACAGACAAAAAGCUUCCUCAGAGUAAGGCUUGAAAUUGAAGUAUUUCACUAAAAACCACAAAUCAGUAAACAAGUAAAUAACAUGUCUUACCAGCUCAAAAUGUUCAUGUAGAAUUGUAGUAUCAGUAACAGUUUACAGUGAAAAUAAACUUUAGUUAGCUUGAUGCUAACUUGUUAUAGUUCCCAUAGAGAAGCUCACGUAAAUUAGCAUUUUUACAGCGAUGGAAAUUGAAGAAAAAUGCAUUAUGUUACGAAAGAACUAUGCAAGAAAUUGUGAUGCAUCAGAGUCAUAUGGUAAAAAAUACAUACUUCUGGGGAGUAUGCGGCACUAGAGUGGUGACUUCGGUAGUGUGCCCCAAUCUCUCUCUCUCUCUCUCUCCAUAUAUAUAUAUAUAUACAUAUAUAUAAAAACUGUGUGUGUGUGUAUGUUGUCACUGUUCAAGAACAGUGUCGAAAUUCCCGAACCCUUUAAUGUGCAUAUUUGCGUUUAAACUACCUUUUAAAAACCAGUUCUCUGUUUUGCUAUGAUCGGUACCUCAACAUUGAUAUAAGGACACAACUGUUAUACAGUAUUUCAAUAAGCUACGUAUCACUGCUAAGCAAACUAUGUUUAUUGAUAUUGAGUGUUUUUUAUAAUAUUCCUAUGGUAUUUAUAAAGAGAUGUGCAUAUUGUUAAAGAGUAUUGCUAAUAAACAUGUAUAUAUUGCUUAAA